AUGUAUAUACCCGCUCCACGCACGGCGCAGACUGCCACGGGGGCCGUACGGAUGGUGCGCAGCGGGCACGGUCCUGGUUCAACAGUACAAGUGAGCACACCGUCUGCAUUAAUUCCCGAAGAAGGAAGUGACGUAGCAGUGUCAUGCGCAGCAGACUGUUUCCUCCGAUGUGACUUCACGUGGACAUUCAAUGACAAGACAAUAAGCAACUCAAGCAUUCUGUCUAUAUUCGGAAUUAACAGAACACAGAAUGGAACCUACACGUGUACCGCUGUCAACCCAGAUACACGGCAAUCGGCAAACACAUCAGUCCACGUGGAUGUGCUGUACCAACCAGUUAUUAAGCGGAUACAAUUAAAGAAACCCGACAUUAAAGCUGUUGUUAACGAAGUAAGACCCAUCACACUGAUAUGCGUUGUCGACAGCAACCCGACAUCUAGCAUGAAGCUGUUCAGGGACAGACAACUCGUACGACAGAUGACGAAUGUGACGAGUCUGGAAUACACCUGGCGCGAAGCUGUGUGCCAAACCUCGGGGACGUACUCGUGUGAAGCAGAAAACAGCGUGAAGUCACCGGCCAAGAAAACCACGGAACUGGUUGUUGAAUGUUUUCCAGGGAAAGAAGACGGUCGGUUCGCGGCAGGUUUUGGGGGAGGGAUUGGAACAACAGUUGCCCUACUCCUGCUAUGUGGAGCAGCCGUCCGUUUGUACUUCCGGUUGAAGAAAUCUCGAAAACAGAAGCAGGAGAAAAACUCCAGCAGAAACACGGAACAGCAGCUAUACAGUAAUGCAGCUUGUGGGAAUCAAGACGAAUCUGCUAGACCGGAAGCUCACGCUGCACCGGAAGCUGAUACUACUGUAUACUCAUCGCUUGGCGCUGCAGGUUCUGAGGCACCCUAUGAAGGUCUUACAUUUGAUAACCGAACACAAGAAGUGACGUACGAAAACGUAGCCUACAGAAGUGAACACUGUUGAUCGGUUCCUUUCAUCAGACUUGAACUCCGUUCACUUGGUGAACUGCGACUAGAGAUAUGCUGAUAUCAUAAAGUAGCAGGUGUUGACAGAGUAGUUAACGAAUACAUUAAGUCAACCGCUACGUUGCUCAUGCCAGUUUAUGUUAAACUUGUGAAUACUAUUUCUGAUAAUGGAGUCUUACCAGAUGAAUGAAUUAUUUUAACAAUUUUUGAAAAUAAAGGAAGCCGGCUACAUCCCAAAAAUUACCGACCAAUCACAUUACUUUACUGCUGCUCUAGACUGUUCACAACUUUACUUAAUAACUGUUUACGUGUAUUUAUUGAGGAAAAUAAUAUGAUUAGUAAAGGCUACUCAACUACAGACCAUAUUUAUACAUUACAUCACUUAAUAGAUAUCUUGAAAAAAAGGAAAAAGAAAUUAUAUUGCGCUUUUGUGGAUUUUGAGAAAGCAUUCGAUGCGGUACCUAGAAUACAGCUUUAGCAUAAACUACCACAGCAUAACAUAACCGGUAAAUUUUCUAGAAUUAUGCAUCAAAUGUAUCAAGUCGUUAAAUCAAUGAUUGUCGUAAAUAAUCAGCAAUCUACUUUAUUCCCAUGUAACAACGGUAUCCGUCAAGGUGAAAAUGUAUCCCCUAUUCUAUUCUCCCUGUAUUUUUAUGAUUUAGAAGAUUAUGUAUCUAGCCAUGGAUGUGAAGGGGUUUCCCCUACAGAAGACAACCAAGGUGGCCCAGUAGAUAUUGCUUUACACAUGUUUUGCUUGUUAUAUGCAGACGGAGCUGCCCUAUUAUCAACCACUGCAGAAGACAUACAACACACCUUAUAUAUGUUUUUUUUAUCAAUAUUGCAAUAAAUGGAAACUUAAAAUAAACGGUAACAAAACGAAAAUAUUGAUAUUUAACACUAGAGGUUAUAAACAUAAUUUUAAGAUUGGAAAAAUACAUUUGAACCUGCGAAAGAAUACAACUACUUAGGGAUUGCUUUUACAAAAUUAAAUAACGUUCGAAUUACUAAGAAUAGACUUAAACAACAGGCUACCAAGGCCAUGUACUUUGUACAAUCAAAAUCAAAGGACAACUAUCUAUCAACCGAAUGCUAACUUAAAUGAUCCACUUAAUGGUUCUGCCAAUUUUAUUAUAUGGAUGCGAAAUAUGGGGAUAUGAAAAAGUUGAUAUAUUUAAUUCUGUACAAAUAAACUUUCUAAGACACAUCAUACCUGUUGAAAACACAACACAAAUAUGUAUGCUUUAUGGAGAGUUAGGGAGAAUGCCAGUCGAGUUAACUAUAUAUAUGGAACAAUCUGUUGCCUGAUAUUAGAAAUUCUUCUUCAUUAAAAUUGUUUAAAAUACAAAUGAACAAACACGACCCUGCUGUUCCAUUUUAUUUCUAUGAAGGUGAUAGAUGGCAACAGAUUCUACAUAGUCGACUCCGUUUGGGUACCAGUGAUUUGAAUGGUCACAAAUUUGUACGACAUGUGACAGAUACCCCUUCUUGUAUUUGUGGCCAUCCAGUUGAAGAUGCAGAACAUUUGUGUUUAUGUUUUUUCCCAAUAUAUGCUGCAGAUCGCAAUACCCAUUUACUGAACUAUUAUAAUCUCAAGUGUCAUACUUUGCUAUUUGGAGAUUCAAAUUUAAGUGUCCAAUAUAAUAUCUCUAUAUUUUUGUUCUUAUCUUAUAUAUCUGUUCAGAAUGUUCUUAUUAAUAGUAAGCGUUUCGAGAUCAGUUAACCAUUUAACCAUUCUAAUUGGUUGUUAUUUAUUCUUUGUUUCUUCUACACCUUCCUCUCUUCUACCCCCACCCCCCUCCAGUUAUCCGUGUUAUCUUUAUUGUAAUAUUGUUCUAGCCAUCUUGAUGUAUAACAUGUAUAUUUGUUAAAUGUAGGGAGAGGCCUUAAUAUAGGCACUUGCCUGUUGGCCAAUCACAAAUUUGAUUUGCUAAUAAAUAUUGUUCAAACCAACUAUAUAUAGGAGAAUGGUAUGCUACUGGGCGUGACUGAUAUCGGGAAAACAAUCAACAUUGUCUGCUCUUUUAUACAUAAUUAUGUUAAAUGACUACCUUACUAACGGAACUAACUAUAACUGGAUUAAUACUGUUAAAAACACAUUGAAUAACUUGGGAAUGGGUGAUAUCUGGAUAACACAAUCUUUCAUAUCAGUAAAUUGUCUCUCACGACAAAUUAAACAAAGACAAUGCGAUCAGUAUUUACAAACAUGGAAAAAUAAAAUAUCACAGUCAUCGAGAGGCAACACUUACCGAUUAUACAAAGAACAACUAUUUUCCGAAGGCUAUAUUAAUAAACUACCAGAAAAACUGUGGACAACACUCUUAAAAUAUACAACGUCUAACCAUUACCUACCCGUUGAAAUUGGACGUUGAAAUAACAUAAUCAUAGAAGAUAGAAUUUGUACACUAUGUAAUACAAUGAACAUUGGUGUGAUGGUACAUGCUCUUACAUUUGUUUCGCCUGUGGCGAUUUUAAUUGUUAGAGGGCCGUGUGCAUUUCCAUAUGCACUUAGCGCAGGUGGGCAACUUGUUACGUAAUACUUCGCGCGAUCGGGCAUUCCAAUAUGCACUUAGUCCCGCUGUGGAGGCCAUGUGACGAGUAGUUACGUAAUACCUCUGCGAGUGCGGUUUUUACAACCG